AUGGAAAUAACUCUUCCUUUAAAUCCUAAUGAUUUGACUACUUCCUACGACAGCGACACGGAAGAAAAUGACAAAAUGGAACAGAACUUGGAAGUACUUGCAGUUUAUGAAGAAGCACUUGAAAUUCAACAAGAAACUCUUCUUCCAGAUUAUGCUCAUUUAGUUAACUGUUAUGAUAACAUCGCUAGAAUCUAUGAAAACACCAAAGAACAUUCAAAAGCACUUUUAUUUUACCAAAAAGCACUCGAAAUUUGUCAAAAAAAUCUUCCUCUAAAUCAUUCUAAUGUGGCGGCUUUGUACAAUAACAUCGCUGGAGUGUAUUACACAAUGAAAGAGUAUUCAAAAGCAUCCUCACAACUUGAAUAUGCUUUAAACAUUUUGAAAAUCUUAGUACCUAAAGAUGAUUCUAAUAUUAAAAUUGUUCAAAAUAAUAUCGAUUAUAUUAAAAAGAAACGAUAA